CCACUACCUGCUGCCGCGCGAGCCCUGAAUAUUUGAGCCACACGCGCCCGUGUCUCCUCCAAUCAGCGCUCAAGCCUUGCCCGUGAACCCGCCCCUUGUCGCGCGCUCGGUGAUUAAAUGAAAGCUCAGUGUGAAGCGCGCGCGUAUAUCUGUGUGUGAGACCGAGCGCUCGUGCGCGUGACAGAACCGGAGCGGUGUGUACAGAGGACGGGACGCGGGAGGCGCGAUGUCGGCGUGGAUUAAUAUGGUUAUUAUCGUUAUAUUCGGGACAGCGGAGGUGAGCGCGAGGCGACAGGACGAGUCGGUGCUGGUGGAAAGCGUGAUGCGCGCGCGCUGCGUGUCCCGGUGUCUCAGUCUGCACCGCACGCGCAUCUCCGCUGUGUGUAAACACGCUCAGGGAAACGGAUCUCUGGUUUGGUGUCAGAGUCAUAAGCAGUGUUCUAAGUGUCUGGAGCCCUGCAAAGCAUCAUGGGAUCUCAGAGAGAGCGAGUGUCAGGAUUUGUGUGAGACCGUCUUCCCAAAUAAACAGUCCGAGUGUGUGGUCAGCUGUGAGUUUUUCCUCUCGGUGGCGUCGGUGAAACAGGGGGCGUGUCCAGCUCCGGAUCGAGCGAGCGGAUUUGCUGCCGCCUGUGUGGAGAGUUGUCAGAGCGACGUCCACUGCUCCGCCCACAAGAAGUGCUGCUCGAACGGCUGUGGACGAACCUGUCAGGUUCCCAGGAACGUUUAUAAAGGUGUUCCUCUGAAGCCCAGGAGUGAAUUGACGUUCCUUGAAUUGCCGUCAGGUCACCUGGACGUCCGCUGGUCUUCAAAGUUUAACAUUUCAGUGGAGCCUGUGGUUUACGUGGUGCAGCAGAGCUGGAAUUACGGCAUCCACCCGAGCGAAGACGACGCAACACCGUGGCAGGAUGUGGCACAGGUCACAGAGGAGCGUGUUGUGUUGGAGAUCAGAGCCACUCGCUGGUACCAGUUUCGUGUAGCAGCUGUGAACAUACACGGAACUCGCGGAUUCACGGCGCCGAGCAAACACUUUCGCUCCUCCAGAGACCCGGCUCCUCCCUCACGCCCGUCUGAGCUCAAGGUGUCCAACGUCACGGCGGAUGGAGGCGGCUCAGUGACGGCACGUCUGGAAUGGACUGUCCCUAAAGAGAUGGACGUCCCCGUCCAUCAUUAUAAGAUCUCCUGGAGCUGGAGCACUGUGGACAGAACCAGCAUUCCCUCCAAGAAGAAGAGGAGAAAGACCAUAGAUGGGGUGAAGAGCUCAGUGAAUCUGGAAGGUCUUGCAGUAAACAGCUCGUACACUGUGGAGCUUCAGGCUGUGGCUCUGUGGGGUUCAGCGAGACUGAAAAGCCCAAAAACAUCUCUGCAGUUCAGCACAGCUCAGGAGAAAGAGCACACGACAGAACUCACAAGGAAACUGAAGCAGAUGUUUUCUUCACCGUCUCUGGAGGCAGGAACUCCGUUUUAUCAGGACACACAGCUGCAGGUUCGAGUUUACUGGAAGAAGAGAGGAGGUGAAGAUCCCACGAUGAGCCGCUUCCAUGUCCAGUGGUCACCUGAACUCUGCCUCCACAACCAGACCAAAGCCCAGGAGAAAUCUGUCACACACGAGAGUUUCAUCCACUUGUCCGGGCUGCUUUUCUCCUGUCAGUACAGAGUGACAGUUCACACACUCAGAGCUAAGAAACACUCUGAACUCGGCACCGUCACCUUCACCACACCGUCAUGUCCUGCUGUACGGAGCAAAAGUCACAAAUCCAUCAUUUGUCCAGGAGAAGCAGCAGCCGUGAAAGUGACAUCAAAACCCGAGAACCUGACGGCGUCUUUCACGGCCAACGGGGAAAACGUCACUGGACACUUCUUCUGGAGCGUUUCCCGCCCUCAGCCUCAUCAGCCAAUCACAGGCUUCCAGGUCACUUGGGCAGACGUGACAGUGGUGAAUCGGGAGAACAGCAUUCCUAACAGCAUUGUCUCCCAAUCACAGAUCCUUCCUCCAGAUCAUAACUUCCUGCAGGUGCUGAAUCUCAGGCCCAUGUCCUCCUACAGAUUAGAGGUUCAGGUCAUCACCAGUGAAGGAGAAGGCCCUGCUACCAUGAAGGUUUUCCACACACCCAGUGUUUCCUCAGGUUACAGGCUUAAACUUCAUCAGCACUCAGGAUACCAGAAGCACUCGUCAGAGAAGCACUGAGAGCAGAACAGUCAUUAGGAAGCUUCAUUGGCUUACGGACAAACUCUUAGACCAAUUCUGCCACUGAAGAACUACUGGAUUUGGUUCUGGCUUGUUUCACCUGCUGAAAUGAAACCCUGGCUGGUUCUCCUGGUAAAGCUGGUUCUGAUGUUCAAACCAAACUAGUCCAGACAUCAGUAUAAGAUUUGGACUGGUUCUGCCACUGGUUCUCCUCCUAAACCUAGAUCAGACCUGCUUUGUUUUCUGUACUGUAUAAACUGGCAGAACUGGUACUAGAGCGGUUCUCCUAAAGACGUGACCUGUGGACUGGUUCUCCUUCUGACACCACUGAUUCUGCACUGUUCCUCUGUCUACUUACAGACUGGUUCUGCUCAUGAAACCCGGUUCUGAAAGGUACUAGACUACUAGUAUGUUGUUUUUAAAUUGAAAUAAAAUAUUUUUCUACUUCAGAGCCAUGUUGAGGUUUUGAACAGAUGAAUGUAUCUUCAGAAAUGUGGAAUUUUAGCAGCUUUUGACUGGAAAAUGUUCAAAACUAAACAAAAGAUCAUCCCUAAAUAUCUCUGCUUAUUAAAAGUCACGUCCGGUGUCUUCACUGCAGUCACUAACACAUUAACCGAGAGUGGACGUGAGCGGCGUUACUGCGUAUAUUCUUUAUUAAUAACUUUGGGAUUAAACUGAUAAACUGUGUAUGUUCUCGCAGAAGGUUAUUGAUCACUAUAUCAGUAUUUAUUUGUGUGUGUGUUCUGGGUGCUGUUUGUGUGGACUGUACUAUUGUACGCUCUUGUUUUUGUCUGAAACUCACAGCUCCUGGUUCAGAGGUUUUGUAUAAAAUGAAAAGUGUUAAUAUGAUAUGAUAUAUUUUUGUCAUUUAGUCCUGUACAUAUUAUUCCAUAAUAAAAUUAUACCUCAGUCCA